UGCCUUUUUCUCCCCGAGGUAUCUUCCUUUUUGAUCCCGCCGAGCCUGGCGCCUCGCAAAACACAACUUGUCUGGCUUAUUAAAUAGUAUGACCUGGAGAGAGAAAACGCCUGUUGCUUCUCAACUGAGGCCAUUGUGAAGCGAGAGGAGCUCAUGACAGGCCUUAAAUUGCUGUAAUGCUGUGUGACCAACACUCAUACCUAAUCAAUUUCUACCGUGGUGGCUGCGCACCUUUUCUUAUUUCAUCCUCCUCGCUUUAUUUUUAUUCAUUUUUUUUUGUACUCGUUUUUAUCAUGUAUUGAAUGACUUUAUUCCGCCUGUUUUGUGAAUUUCAUUUAAUUAAUUGAUUGAUUUGGCGCGCUGUAUUAAAAAAAAUCAGCUAAUUUAAUAGAUAUUCCUUCUUCUUCUUUGUAAAGGCACCACUUUGAUAUCGACAUGAGACUCUUUAGAUCCUGCUCAGCUUUACGGUAGCAGAAUAAUUCAGUGAAUAGCACCGAUGGAGUGGUCGGCUAAUGGAUGUAAAUGGUCAAGAGAGUCCUCCCCACUGGUUAAUUGCGCUAAAAUUGGUCUAAGCUACUUUGUGAGGGCCAUCAAUGGUCCCGCGCCGCAUGGGGUCUGUAUGAUUAACUUCUCCUUCCUUUCAAAGGCCUCUUGAUGUUCCCUUGGAAGGCGGCGGGCCAAUCAAAACCGCACUCGGAGACGUCACGGGGCCAACGCGAGGAGCUGAUUGGUGCGCGCGGGGAGGGGGACCAGCCCCUGUCCUUUUAUAGACGACCCCGUACAGCGCGUAAAAGCUACCGGGCACCGCUGACAGCGCAGAGAAGCACAUUGGACAGUGUACACCUCAGCGACUCCAUUCCUCUGAACGGGCCACACGGAGGUGCAUGGCCCCAUCCCCCUGUGUCAUGAUGAAUCCUGUGCAGGGGUCUCCGUCCCAGGACGCCAAACAGCUUCAUCAAAAAGAGGAGACGGAUACGGAGGGAGAGGAGGCUCAGCCUAAAGACAUGACCACCGAGAAAGGAUACAAACUCCAGCGGAGCAGCCUGCCGUUUAGCGUCGAGUCGUUGAUUUCCAAGAAGACCACCUGUCGGACUUCUUAUCCCCCGUCAGAUUUAGCUCUGGUCCUGCCGCAGCCCGCGGCCGGCCAGGGCGGCGCGCAGUUCUCUCCAAGGACUCUUUACGCGGAGAGGAAAGUUUCCGCGGAGAGCUCGCAGGGUGUUUCCAGUAGUUCCUGCGAGGACAGUCCGCAGUGUUGUGAGAAAGAUCAGAGCACUUGGUUCCAGACGUCCUCGUUUUCCACUCCGCCUCGGAGCUCCAGUCCAACUCAGUGUACUUUAAGGAAACACAAAAACAACAGGAAACCUCGCACGCCCUUCACUACCUCCCAGCUGCUGGCGCUGGAGCGCAAGUUUCGCCAGAAGCAGUACCUCUCCAUCGCCGAGAGAGCCGAGUUCUCCAACUCUCUCAACCUGACGGAGACCCAGGUCAAAAUAUGGUUUCAGAACAGGAGGGCGAAAGCCAAGAGACUGCAGGAGGCCGAGCUGGAGAAGUUCAAACUGGCCUCGAAGCCCGUCCUGCCCGCCUUCGCGCUGCCGUUCCCCCUCGGAGCGCACAUGGGGUCCCCGACAUGGGGCCCGUCGAGCGCCUUCCCGAGGCCCAGUCUGCCGGUUCCAGGACUGUUCAGUGGACCCGUCACUUAUGGGAUGUACUAUUUGUCUUAGUAUUACAGCGUGUGUGUGUGUGUGUGUGUGUGUGUGUGGUUUGUUUUUUGUUGCUAUUGUUUUUUAAAGAGAAAAAUGUCUUCUGUCAUGGUUGCAAUACACUUCAGAGCGAGGAUGAUGAGCUUUUCUACAUUUCGGGAGACAUUUUAUGUUUUCAGGUUUGGAGAGAAACUUUCUGACCUCCAGAAUAAUAAUGAUAAUAAAAAAAAUCGGGACACAUUUUUAAUACAUAAUUGCGUGCGUAAUUGGACUCAGUGUCCUCUCGCUUGACAGCUUCCAGUUCUGUGGAUUGUGGAUUCACAGGCCUAAAUUACCUAGGCAAUACUCCAAAAGCAAAUGUCAGGGUUUUUUUUUUUAAACGACAUGCCUUAAAUAUCUCAUUCCAGUCCGUCCGCCGCGCCUCGCAGCAGUUUGAGAAAAAGGGCACUGACGGUGUGUCCAGGCAUGAAGGCAGCGAUGGACUGAGGCGGAGGACGAAAUGUUUGAAAGCAACAGAAAAGUACUUAAACGGUGUCAGUGCCUUAAGACCAGUGUAUCACUUGAAGUAUUUCUCCUCAUUCCGCGUUGACUGUUUCUGCUCAGACUGCAGGUUUUCUCUCAGAGUUGACGUUUGAAUAUGUGUUAUUCCCUCACAGCGGCUCCUGUCACGACUUUUACAUUUUGUAAACGUGGAGCAAAAUUAUAUUUUUUAGAAAAACUCUUGUAUUAGAUCUUUUUUUUUUUUUAAACUCUGACAACGUGGCCUUUACGGGAGUGAUGAUAGUUUGUUGUCUUUUUUUUUUUUUUUUGGUCUGAGGAUUUUUGCUGUAAAUGUAAAUAAAAUGUGUAGUGUUCAUAAAGCCCUGCAGCCUCGCCUGAGGAGCGGCAGGAGAAGUGGUAUUUAUUGAAUAUCUUUGUAUCUGUACUGUGUACAUACAUCACUCUAUCUAAAUGUUCAGUUACUUGUAAAAACUGAUUUUUUUUUUUUAGUAA